AUGAGACGCUUCAAAUAUCGGAAUUUGGCGCCUGAAACAGGCCAAGUUCUUGAGCGAGUCUUCGGGGCGGAGGGAGUAAACAUUCGCUCCGCCGACUUCAAGUCGACCGGAACAGGCUACAGCAAGACGCCGGACGCCGCCAUAGUGUCGCACAAUGGCCCGCCUACCCCCAAAGCGGUGGCUGAGCAAAGCUGUACAUAUCCGACGGAGCAAGGAAUACGCCAUGCAAUCGAGCAACUGGUCGAAUACAUGAUCGACCAGAAAGUUCUCGAUGGGUUCCACUCGACCUAUGAAGAGAGUAUUUUUCUUACGCCUAGUCCGGGUCAACGGGGUGAGGAGAAGUGGAGCAAGGUUAUUGACAACUGCAACACUGGUCCUUCGCUCAGGCAAUGCUUCUGGUAUUUGCCUUUGCCCCUCAGGAAGCCAUAA